AUGGUGACUUAUUUUUUUUCAUUUGUGAGAAAAUGACUUCUCAGUAAACCAGAGGAAAUCAUUUUUCAGAUAAGAAUAAGAGCCACGCUUAUAACCCCACCCUUCCCCCACCUGCACCCACAACCGUCGUCUCCAAUUUCACGGCUUUCUCCCUCUCUCUCUUCUCCCCACUGCAAGAGGAAUUUUAAAAGUAUGUCUAUAACUAAUUUCUUUUAUGGUGCUUGGUCAAAAAUUUCUUUAAUUCUUUCUCUUUUGCUUGUUUGGGUUUCUGAUUUGAGGCCAAUUUUGUUCAAAAAUUAAAAUUUGAAUUUCUGAUUUGAGUUUAAUUUUGCUCAAAAAUUGAAAUGUGGGUUUAACUUAUCUAUGAAAAUUGAUAGCUUCUUGUGAGUUAGUUGAGCGAGACUUGUGAGUAUUUCCAGUAACAAUGUUGUUUCCCAAAUGACCGACCUCAUGGAUUUUAAAGACUAAGAAAUGGCAUUAGAAUUUAGAGCUUUGUUGUGGUUAUUGAACCAAGGUGCAGGGAAUCGAAAAGGAUGGAAAAUACUAAGCUAUCGAAAAGGAUUGUAGGGAGGUUUGAGAUAUGUUGAGUUUCUCGUGAGAAGCAUUGUCCGCUUUGUUGAUGCUGAUUCAAGAUGGGUGUGAGAGGAGCAGCCCAAUUGUUUGUUUUCGUCGUGGUGCUUUUUACUGUAGUGGCAGAAAAUCCUGAAGGCAAAAGCCCGGAGGAACAAAUACUGGCCGAUCAAAUCAAUUCCGUGAGGAUCAAUCAAGAAUUGGCUGAAGAGUUAUGGUUGAACUGUAGGCUAGAGUUGUUACAUUCUAAUGAAGCUUUUGAAGAUCUUAAGUUUAGUGGUCCCGGAGAAGAAGCAAGUGGGAGCCAUGGAAUUCUUUCGAACAGAAGAUCGUUAACCAAAAAUAAAGAGAAAAAUGUCAACGUACUCAAUAAGGAAGUCCUUAUGGGUUGUUUAAUGAAGAAAAAUCUCCUGUUUCCUACUUUCGGAGAGGAGAAGCAUUCACCUACAUGGUAUUCCAAGUGCAAGGACUUCCUCUUUUCCUGGUACGGUGCACCUAGAUGGCGUGAAUUGCUUCAAGUUGGAGAUGCUCCUUCUCCUUCUCCUGCUCCUGCUCCAGCUACUUCCCCUUCUGAAACUCCCAAUUCUCCGCCACCUGCCCAUCCUCCUUCGAAGCCAUUUUUUCCUUUAAGACUACAACAAUUCAAGCAAAAUCUCUGUUCCUAGCGAUCAGUCUUUUAUUAGUCAAAACUCUACUUCGGAUGGUCAAUCAAAUAAGAAAAACAACACUAAAACAAUUUUGGUUGCAGUUCUUGUGACUGCUUCUGUCACAUUUAUUGUUGUUUCACUAUUUUUAUAUGCUAUUGCAAGGUUUGUGGGGUUGGAUACAGAAAGGGAAAAAAUGAUGUCUUCUUAGCCUAAGCAUAAGUGACCAUUCUGCUGCUUCAGUACACGAUAAUGCCGGUAAUUAUUCAGUCAGUGAUGAUUCCAAUGGUAAAAUGGGUAAAAAUUUCUACAUGGAGCAGAACUCUAUUAAUGGUUCUAAAAGUGAGAUCCCUUUGGGAACUGUUACUGGCAUUGCUGCGGCUGCAGUAGGGAAUUCUGCGCCGAUACCGCCUGGAAAGAUUGCGAUGCAUGGACAGCCUCCACUUAAGCCUCCGCCUGGUAGGGUGAAUCCUUUUGAAGAUCCUACUAGUCCGCCUGGAACGAUUCAAGCAACAACAAUAGUGACACCUAUUGGUUGGUUUAGUUUCAUAGGAUUUGGAAGCAACUACUAUUCGCACGCUUUUGUUUUUGAUAAUGUAUCGUAUAUUUGCUUCCAAACUUCUCUUCGCUCUUUUGUUUUUGAUAAUGUAUGUAUAUUUGCUUCCAAACUUCUCUCUUUUGUGCAUUUGUGGGAAUCAAUUAGGAAGCUUGAAUUAUGUAAGUAAUAGUUGCUUAAAUUUUAGCUUCUUAUAAUAUUUUGAUACUUGAUAUUGAUA